AUGUUUUUCCACGAGAGAUGCAGCAACGCCCCUUACAAGAUCGACCACCCUUUUUACAAGUGUGACUACCCUCUUUUCCUUCAAACCCACCCUGGGAAAUCUAAAGCGACAUGUGCUUCAUGUCGACAUAAGAUCCCCAAAGAUAUCAAACACUAUCAAUGUUUGAAAUGUGGUUUUAAACUCCACAUCUACUGUGCUACUUACACACCGCCGGAGGUCAUUGAUGUUCCCGAGAACCAUGACCAUAAACUCAAGCUAGAGAUGGUGGAAACCCACUUCACAUGCGUUGCUUGCGGGAAGGAUGGUGAUGGAUACUCAUACAAAUGUCAUCAAUGCCAAGUGAGUUUCCAUGUGAAAUGCCAAAAGUACGCAGGAGAGGUAAACCAUCCUUUACACAUUCACCCUCUAAAACUCUUCAAAGGUGAACCACCCGCUUAUACCAAAGGAAAAUGUUGUUUGUGUGGAGACGAGCUUGUUGAUGGUGUCUUUUACCAUUGUGACCUCUGUAACUUUAGCUUGGAUCUGCAUUGUUGUCUUUAUCCACCACAAGUAGCUUUUCACGACCGAGACAUCCAUGGCCACAUGCUUUGCCUUAUGCCAAAACUGAUCUCUUUUACUUGCACCACUUGCGGGCUGAAGGGAGAUCGAAGCCCAUUUGUCUGUCUUCAAUGUAGUUUCACGGCUCAUAUUGGUUGUUUUGGAUUUCCAAGGGUCAUUAACAUCAAUCGUCAUGAUCAUCGCGUUUCUUUCACUACUCUUCUUGGUGUGGUGGAUUCGGUAUGUGGAGUUUGUCAAGAGAAAAUGGAUUGGACUUGUGGGGGUUAUUCUUGUCACAAGUGUCCAAACUCCAUGUUUCAUACCAAAUGUGCUCUUAGAAGAGAUGUGUCGGACAGGAUAGAGCUUAAAGACAAGCCUGAAGAAGAUGAAGAUAUCGAACCAUUCAAGGUGAUAGGUGAAAACACAAUACAACAUUUCAGCCAUAAAGAGCAUAACCUAAGGCUCGACAAGUCCGGUAUCUUUGUUGAGGAGAGAGGGAGCUGCGAAGCAUGUUCAUAUCCUAUCCUUCACCAUUCCUUCUAUAGUUGCAUGAGCUGUAGCUUCAUUCUCCAUGAGAGCUGUGCGAGUCUGCCUAAACGGAAAAGACACGUGGUAAGCAAUAAACAGUAUGUUCUACACACGGCUCAAGACAAUUUUUCUAAAUGUAAGGCUUGUGGUGUGUUUUACAAUGGUUCCAAAUACGAAUGUCAAACACACGGGUUAGAUAUGCGAUGUGCGGCGGUUUCUGAGCCACUUAACCAUCCGAGUCAUCCUGAGAAUCCCUUAUUUUACACAUCACCAAAAGGAGUCUGCACCGCUUGCAAGCUUGAGGCAUCUCAUGUGUUGAGAUGUGUUGCAGCUGGUUGUGGAUACGUCUUGGAUUUCAAAUGUGCUUUAUUACCAGAUGUGGUAAAGCAUAGAGUCGACGAUCAUCUUCUCUCUUUAUGCUAUGGUGAAGACGGUUCAAGUGGUAUAUAUUGGUGUGAUAUUUGUGAGAAAGUAACUGAUCUCAAAAGAUGGUUUUACACGUGUAAAGACUGUGGGGUUGCUUUACAUAUUGAUUGUGUCCUUGGAGAUUUCCGAAGUUUCAAGCCAGGAAAAGCACUGACAACGUACACUCUGGGCAUGGUGGCCACACAGUUCUUUGUGGUUCGUAACGAUAGUAUGUCUCGACCACUUUGCAGCGAAUGUGGCUCUCGUUGCAUAUCUCCUAUCAUCUUGAAAGUCUUGGACGAUGAUGGCAAGUCGACCGAUAAGUACUGUUGCUCUAUUAAUUGUGCCCACGUUAACAUCGUUAGGGCUGAUGAGCAUCUCACUCUUCGUAGAAUCCAAAGUUUCUAG